GGCAGCUCUCCGACGUCGUCGCACACUGACGGCGACAGAAACUUGGCGCGCACUGAUGACGUAAGAUUCCUCAAUGUCUUCUGAAAAUACUGGACGUUUUACUGGCAGCAGAAACAGCUCAGCCAUGAACUGGAACAAAGGUGGUCCAGGUGUGAAGCGAGGGUUUGGGUUUGGAGGAUUUUCCCUUGCCGGGAAAAAAGAUGAACCCAGCCCUCCUCCGAAAUCUCAAACAAAUUUUGCACCCCCAGGAUCAAGCGGAUAUGGGAAAAGCCAGCAGCUCCCAUCCUUCUACAAAAUAGGGACAAAAAGAGCAAAUUUUGAUGAGGAAAAUGCGUAUUUUGAGGAAGAUGAAGAGGAGUCCAGCAACAAUGUGGAUUUGCCGUACAUCCCAGCGGAGAACUCGCCCACACGGCUGCAGAUGCAGACAGGUGGCGGCUCAGACAGUGAAGAUGACCCACUGGAUGCCUUUAUGGCAGAGGUUGAGAGCCAAGCAGCUAAGGACAUGAGGAAACUAGAGGAAAAAGAAAAGGAGAAGAAGUCAGCAAAGGGUAUACGUGAUGACAUUGAAGAAGAAGAUGAGCAAGAAGCCUACUUCCGCUACAUGGCAGAGAAUCCCACAGCCGGUCUGACCCUAGAGGACGAGGAUGAAAACAUUGACUAUGACAGUGAUGGGAACCCAAUAGCCCCUACCACUAAGAAAAUUAUCCUGCCGCUUCCUCCCAUUGACCACUCUGAGAUUGAUUACCCACCCUUUGAGAAAAACUUCUACAAUGAGCAUGAAGAGCUCAGUUGCCUGACUGCAACUCAAGUGUUCGACUUAAGGCACAAAUUGAACCUAAGGGUAUCUGGUGCUGUCCCUCCAAAACCUUGCACGAGCUUUGCCCACUUCAACUUUGAUGAGCAGCUGAUGCACCAAAUCCGCAAGUCUGAGUAUACUCAGCCCACGCCCAUUCAGUGCCAAGGUUUGCCCAUAGCUCUUUCUGGACGAGACAUGAUAGGAAUUGCAAAAACUGGCAGUGGUAAGACUGCUGCUUUUAUCUGGCCCAUGCUUGUUCACAUCAUGGAUCAAAAGGAACUGGAGGCAGGGGAAGGGCCCAUCGCCAUCAUUGUGUGUCCCACCAGAGAGCUUUGUCAGCAGAUUCAUGCAGAAUGCAAGCGUUUUGGGAAAGCCUACUCUCUGCGUUCUGUGGCGGUUUAUGGAGGAGGCAGCAUGUGGGAGCAGGCCAAAGCUCUGCAGGAGGGAGCAGAGAUUGUCGUGUGCACUCCGGGUCGUCUGAUUGACCACGUUAAGAAGAAGGCCACGUCCCUGCAGAGAGUGUCAUACAUGGUGUUUGAUGAGGCAGAUCGCAUGUUUGAUAUGGGCUUUGAAUAUCAGGUUAGAUCCGUUGCUAGCCAUGUCCGUCCAGACAGACAGACCCUUUUGUUUAGCGCUACUUUCCGAAAGAAGAUAGAGAGGCUGGCCAGAGACAUCUUGGUAGAUCCUAUUCGAGUGGUGCAGGGAGACAUUGGAGAGGCAAAUGAGGAUGUCACUCAGAUCGUGGAGAUGUUGCCCACCGCGGCGGAUAAAUGGGACUGGCUGACCCGGCGGCUGGUGGAGUUCACCUCCUCCGGCUCGGUCCUUAUCUUCGUCACCAAGAAGGCAAACUGUGACGAACUGGCUGCUAACCUGACCCAGGAGGGCCACAGCCUGGGCCUCCUGCACGGAGACAUGGACCAGAGUGAGAGGAACAAAGUCAUCAGCGACUUCAAGAAACAGAAUUUGCCCGUCCUGGUUGCCACUGACGUAGCUGCUCGUGGUCUGGACAUCCCGUCCAUUCGCACCGUGGUGAACUACGACGUGGCUCGAGACAUCGACACACACACACACAGGAUUGGUCGUACUGGUCGUGCUGGAGAGAAAGGUGUUGCUUACACUCUCCUCACGAACAAAGACACCACAUUUGCUGGUGACCUCGUGAGAAAUCUGGAGGGAGCUAAUCAAGCUGUUACCAAAGAACUGAUGGAUUUAGCCAUGCAGAAUCCCUGGUUUAGGAAGUCCCGAUUCAAGAGUGGUAAAGGGAAGAAGCUGAAUAUUGGCGGAGGUGGUCUCGGUUACAGAGAGAGACCAGGCCUUGGGGCUGAAAGUUCUGAACGCAACAUGUUGUGUAGCAGUAGCUUUGAAAGCUACAGCAAACCAGCCACUGGGGCGAUGGGAGACCGCAUGACUGCGAUGAAAUCAGCCUUCCAGUCUCAGUACAAGAGUCACUUUGUUGCUGCGUCCAGCGGCCCCCCAAAGCUCAGCACUAAGUCUAACAGCACGUCAGGCUGGACCAGCGCCGGCAGCCUGAGCUCUGUGCCCACAGAGUCUGCCAACGGCUCCGAGUGGUCCCAGGGGGCUGCCAUGUCCAUGUCUGGCUUCACUAGCGCUGGCUCUCUGAGCUCUGUGCCGGCCAGUCAACCCAGUCCACAGCACAACUUCCCCCCGCCUGCCCCUCCCCCGCAGAGAGACACCCAGCGGGACAGACAUGGGGAGAACCGAGGACGCCACGACAGUCAUCACCCCCACAGCGAGAGGAGUGACCGAUACAGUGGAGAAGAACGCUAUGGAGACCGGGAUCGUCGUGGUGGAGACGGAGACCGCGAUCGCCACGGAGACGGAGACCGCGAUCGCCACGGAGACAGAGAUCGUGAACGCCACGGGGACCGGGAACGCGGCAGCGGCAGUAGCGGCAGUAGCAGCAGCCGCCACAGCGAGAGUCGCAACGGAGAUGGAAGCAGGAGGGAAAGAGAAGAUCGGAGGAGCGAGAGGGACGGGGGAGACAAAGGGAGUGGGGAGGGGAGGGACAGAGGAGAUGAUAGCUUUGCUGUCCCUGAACCACCAAAGCGUAGAAAGAGCAGGUGGGACAACUAAAAGCAGGAAAUCUACGUAUCAAUAGAAUAAUGUGUGCAACUGCUCAAUGAUGAGCUUGUCUGUUGUGAAGGCAGAUAGCAGAGCAUAUCAGAGGCUGACACAAGCACAAGAGGAGAGGUGUGGACUUUGAAUAAAGGUUCACUGAGAUCCUGUCAGGUUGGUUAGGUCAUGAUCAGAAAGAUCAACAGAAACAGCUCAGAGACAGUUACUGUACAUAUGUCAUCAUGACUGUUGUUAUUGUAAGUCAAUAGGAUCAGGCAAUAGAGCUGUAAUGAAGCCAGCUGUCAGUAAACAAUUCAAAGCUAGGACACGUUGGUUAUUGCAAGGUUUCCUCUCAAUGAGUUCCUAUUCCUAACAUGCUUUUGUGCUUGAUGCUUCAUUUUAUUUCCUGAUGGAUCUUUGCCAAGUCGUGCAUUUGUGUUUGCGUUUUGUUAAUCUACCAAACUAACUCUGUUUAAGUGCUCUGUCUCGAUUCAAAGUCACACACAUGUUAAUACAAUGUAUAGCUUUUUUGUGUCUUGUAUUCGAGUUCUAGUGAAAUGCCUUACUUUGGCAUUUAGUCUGUCUAUGCUUUGAAACUGUUUUUCAAGAAAGAUGCAUUUGUUUUGUAUGGGAGGAAUUUCAAGUGUUCAUUUACACGUGGAAAAUGUGACGUUUUGAUUAAAAAUACUUCUUUGG